AUGUUUAUUCCUGUUUCACCAAUAGAUGAUGAAUACAAUACUAACAUCUUAACCUCAGCUUCUUCAUUUCAAAAGAUUUUGCCAGAUUUGUUUACAGUUUACGAACAUGCAGAUAAAGAAUUGAAUGUACUUGGAAGUGAAGUUCUUCCAGUCGAAUUUCAUGAAGAAAACCCUUUCGACAUUGUAUUUUCACUAAAGAAACGUCUCGAGAGCAAGCCUGAGACAACUAGUAUCCAAGCAAAAUUUGCCAACAAUGAAUAUACUAAACCUUAUCAAGUUUACCAUGAUAUCAAAGCCGUUGCUUCAGCCUUAAUACAGAAACAUGCAAGAGGUAGUAAGGAGUACAGGGAAUUAGAUUUCUUUUACAAAUUCACUACAGAAGUCUUGUUACGAGAAGUUGGAACUUUAAUAACGGUGAAUUCGGAUGGAAACAAGAGUGAACUUGAACAUCAAUUGGAUGAUGACUUUGACAAGAUUGUCACCACUUACAACCUCAGCAAUGGAGAAGUAAUAACGUAUAUUUCCAAAACCGAAGAACCAGAACCAGUAGGUUAUGCAAACUUGUAUUCUCAACAUAAUCCAGUUGUAAAGCAACGAAUUCAACCCUUGUUCUCAUCAAUCAUUGAGAAAUCAGAACUUGACCCUGAACGUACUAUUGUUCCAGAUCCAUUUUCAGUGGCAAAAGCUGUUCCUAUGAUUAAAGAUGUUAGCAAAUCAGAUUCAAUCUUGGAUAAUCUUUCCCCUGUAAGUACAAAAAUUCCAACUCCUUUGGAAAGUCAAACAUCAAUGGUGUUGUUUGAUUUCUUCCAUCCUACAUGGUACACCAUCACCGUUCCAACUUGGUUAAAUUAUCGUGCCCAAAUCAUAAAACCAGCUAGCAUGCUUCCUCAACAAGCUUCUCAACAUCAAAAUCAAAAGUUGAAGGUCUUGCAACAAAGAGAUGAUACUGAUUCUACCUUAUUGUCCGAGCAUUCAUCGCUUGUGUGGGCCCCUGGUAAUAAUUUCCGUUCAUUUGCUCCUCAGCAAGAUCUGAAGGAUUCUAUUAUUAGUUCAGAAUUGAAGGGCCGAGUCUGGUUCAAUCAUUUAGGAUUAGCUGAGAUUGAAAAGAUUAGACUGCAAUAUCUUGAAGAGAAGAUUGAAGAUAAUGAAGAAGAAGAAGAAGAAGAAGAAGAAGAAGAAGAAGCAGAAGAAGUACCAGAAGAAGAAGUACCAGAAGAACUUGAACAACUGCAAAAAGAAGCUAGAAUUACAAACGAAGUAGUGAAAGGUGAAAGUAAUGAAAUGGAAAUAGAAACUGAAUUGGAUUCUGAUGCUACUAUCAAUGUUGCUAAUUUAUUACAAUGGAAUCCUUCCAAGAUCAAAGAAUUGAAAUUUUUGAAAGAAUCAAAACAGGACAUUAUAAAUCCGGUCAAACUUCAAAGAUUAAUUUCAAUUUCCUUAAUAAAGCUUAACAAAUUGCGUCAAGAUAGGUAUCUCAGAAGCGAUAUCAGAAACCCAUUAGCUCCUGAACCUACUGAAUACAAAUUAUACACUAGAUUACAAAAGUACAUUACUAUGGCUAUACAAUUAUACAAAAUAUCACCCCUGAGUUUUUCAUAUGAAUUCAGCAAGAGAAUUCCAGUAUUGGUUUCUGAGUAUAGUGGUACUUUACCAGGUGUUGCUCCUAACCGAAUUAGUACUGGUACUUCUAUUGCCAAACCGGGCAGAUUACCAAGUAUUCGAGGACCAUACAAAAAAACCAAAGGAAGAUAUUAA